AAACAGACAGAUCAGAACAUGUAAAGCCUUUGUGCUUUCGUGUUUUCAUGACGUCGCAGCUGCUCUGUCUGGUCCGGCUGGUUUUCUGAGGAAGGAGGCAGAAAGCAGACAACAGCAGAAAAAAGAGGAUCCAAAGAGUUUUUCCCUCUUACUGCACUUCUGGAUUUUCAUAGAUUUUUUUUACGGUGCUGUGGAGGUUUCUGCUGUUUGUGAGACGUUUGGAGACCAGUGAGAACCCGUGUGUGACUCGGAUCCAGAACCGGGAGGAUGAACUGGUCUGGACUGGAGAACCUCCUGAGUGGAGUCAACAAGUACUCCACAGCCUUCGGGAGGAUCUGGCUGUCCAUGGUCUUCGUUUUCCGUGUCCUGGUGUUUGUGGUGGCGGCCCAGAGGGUGUGGGGAGAUGAGAGCAAGGACUUUGUGUGCAACACCAGACAGCCUGGCUGUACCAACGUCUGCUAUGACCACAUCUUCCCCAUCUCCCACAUCCGCCUGUGGGCGCUGCAGCUGAUCUUCGUCACCUGCCCGUCUCUCAUGGUCAUGGCACAUGUCAAGUACCGUGAAAGUAAGGACAGGAAGUACAUGGCUCUGCACAAAGGCUCCCACCUCUAUGCCAACCCCGGCAAGAAGAGAGGUGGUCUGUGGUGGACCUAUCUAGUAAGCUUGGUCUUCAAAGCCGGAUUCGACUCGUCCUUUCUCUAUAUUCUGUUUCGGAUCUACCACGGAUACGACCUCCCCAAGCUUUCCAAGUGCUCCCUGUCUCCAUGUCCCAACACCGUGGACUGCUUCAUCAGUCGUCCCACAGAGAAGAAGAUCUUCAUGCUCUUCAUGGUGGUGUCCAGCUCCAUCUGCAUCUUCAUGUGCAUUCUAGAGAUGAUUUAUCUGAUUGGCCAGCGGAUCUUCAAAGUCAUCCACAUCCGGAAUGAGAACCAGAGGAUGGUUUUCGCUGACCAGCAUGAACUGACUAACAUCGCUCCCCCCAGGUCUCAGUACCGGAGGGCGGACCCCACCCGAGCUGACAGCCAGCUGAGUUUAAACAAGAGGGAGAAGGUGGGUGAACGGCAGAAGACUACGGUGCUGUAGCACCGAGCCGCUCCUCACUCAGACUGCUACUCAGGACCACAGACCCUCCAGAUCUAAUCGGGUUUCCUAGCCUACCGUAGUCUGUCCUCCAUCUGCUGCUGUCCGCUUUCAUUUCUGCAUCCAGUCACAGCAACUGUCCUGGAAUUUGCAGAGUCAAUGACCUGGAAGCCACCAGGCUCCACCGGCUUCACCCAGAACCUCUAACUCCAUUAAUUCCAGUCAGUCACCAGUUCCCCCAUCAGGACCGUUCUGAUCCAAAACAAGAUGGACGGAUCUCUGAAGACCCGCUGGAGGAGAACCGCAGAGUUUUAUCAAUUUAACACGCUGGUUUAUAAAGGUGUCCAGAAUUAACUCAACUGGGUUUGAGGUUUUCAAUCAGAAUCAGAACCAGUUUCUGACCCAGAACCAGCAUGGUCCUAGAGAAGGACAGAAGCUGUGCACUGGGAAGAAGCUGGUUACUCUGGCUGGUUCUGGGAACAUUCCUCAGGAUGGAAUACUGUUGGUACUGGGUCGUCCUGCAGAACCAGAGUCCAGCAUGGUUCUGGUUCUGUUAGGAUGAGCAGAACAAUGACCUCUGCUGCAUCAGGCUCUGUUCCAGGUACCGAGUCCGACCCGUUAAGCCUCAGGUAGAAAUACGCAGCUUCAGGGUUUAUGACAGAAAAUAAUAAUUAUCAGUUUAUUUAGAUCAGUGUCUGUAAAUGAGCUGAUGGAGCUGAGAUGUUCUACGGUUCAUCUCAACAAACUGCUGAGUUUUUUUCUUU